AUGGCUAAUGAGCAAAAGCAGUAUCAUCAUUUGCCAUUUCUCUUCCUUCUCUUUCUUGCAUGUGUACAACACUCUUAUGGAUUCUCACACAGUGGAGUUUAUAGUGGUUGGAACAAUGCCCAUGCAACAUUCUAUGGCGGUGCUGAUGCUUCCGGUACAAUGGGAGGAGCAUGUGGAUAUGGCAACUUGUACGGCUAAGGUUAUGGUACAAGUACAAUGAGUACUGCACCGUUUAAUAGUGGAUUGAGCUGUGGAUCUUGCUUUGAACUGAAGUGCAAUGCCAAUGCGACCCCUCGGCUCUGCAUUCGUGGUACUAUCACUUUCACAGCCACAAACUUCUGCCCACCAAACUAUGCCCUGGCUAAUAACAAUGGUGGCUGGUGCAAUCCUCUUCUUCAAUACUUUGAUUUGGCUCAGCCUGCUUUGUUGAAAAUCGCUUUAUAUAGAGCUGGCAUUGUCCCUGUCAUCUAUAGAAGGGUGCCUUGCAUGAAGAAAGGACGAAUGAGGUUCACCAUUAAUGGUCAUUCCUACUUUAAUCUUGUAUUAAUAAUAAACGUUGGUGGUGCUGGAGACAUCUGCUCAGUGGCCAUAAAAGGAUCAAGAACAGGUUGGCAAGACAUGUCAAGACAUUGGGGUCAAAAUUGGCAAAGUCAGUCAUACCUUAAUGGACAAAGCCUUUCUUUCAAAGGAAUAGCCAGUGAUGAACGGAUAGUCACAUGCUACAAUGUUGCUCCAGCCAAUUGGCAAUUCGGACAAACUUUUGAAGGAGGUCAAUUCUAAGACAAGUUACAUGAAUUUAGCAAGUUAUUAAGGAGGUCUUUAUUUUUCAAACAAUAUGUAUGAAGUUAU